AUGUGCAUCUUCAACGGACGCGACUACGUCUUCUGCGACGACUCUUGGCAGUUUCUCACCUACUUCUCCCUCUGGUACCGGUACGGCUUUGACCCGCUUCGCAUGCGGAAUCGCGUUACGAAGGUGCUCGACCACUUUGAGCGCAUCUACGAGAUCCAGCAGAAGGAGGAGGUGGCCUUUGAGCAGGUGAGCGAUCUGCUGGCGGCGAUGAACCCGCUGCUGCUCAACCUGACCAAGAUCCAGUACGCCGAGCUGCUGGAGACGGAGUUUGGCCUCUCCAGGCGCUUCGUGGAGGAGCUGGCGCAGGCGGUGACGCUGGUCAACUACGGCCAGACGGUGGCCAUUCCCUCCUUCGUCGGCAUGGUCAGCUUCGCCGGCUCCGGCGCCGAGCUGUGGUCAGUGGCGGGCGGCAACAAGCAGCUGCCCAUUCAUCUGGCGCAGUUCGCCAAUGCUCGCCUGCUGCUGAACAGCAAGGUGGACGCCAUCACCUACCUCGGUGAGCACCGCUUCCAGGUGGACUACGUCCGACUGGACACGGAGUCGGACGAGCUGAAGGACCAUUCGGAGGAGUACGACUACGUGAUCGUGGCCACGCCGAUGACCAGCGGCAGUCACAUUCGCUUCGGCAACUUCACCCGCCGCGAGGACCUGCUGAAGGGCAUCUUCGAGCACUACAGCAUGCACCAGACGGUGGCCACCUUUGUGCGGGGCAGUCCGCUGCCCAGCUACGCCGGCAAGGCCAUUCUCAGCUGUGAUAUCGACAACAAGGAGGGCGGCUCCUUCUUCACCUCAUUCUCGCCGCUGACACCGGUCAACGUGAGCGAACAGCAGCAGCAGGCAGGACAAGCAACAAAAGACAACAACAACAACAACAACAACAACGAUGAUCCGUCAGCCGCCAGUGGCAACGCUACCGGUGUCUUCAAGCUCUUCAGCAACAAUCAACUGAAGACGCACGACCUCUACAGCUUCUUUGACGUCAUUGAGGAGGUAAGGGAGGUAAUCUGGCACGCCUACCCCGAGUACGGGCCCAACACGGUCAAGCAGCCCUUUCCGCCGUUCAAGAUCCGUUCGGGCAUCUACUACUUGAACGCCAUCGAAUGGGCUGCAAGUGCAAUUGAGAUGUCGUUGAUCGGCGGCAAAAAUGUCGCCCUUCUCGUUUGCCACGAGCUCAAACUGUGCAAUAGCAAGAGAGCUAUUGUUGAUGAAGUGAGCUCUGGAAAGCGAAAGUUGAGUGAAGAUGAUUUUCCGCCCAAAAACAAGCGCUGGAAGGAACAGCAGGAGUUGUAG